CAAGAAAACAGCAUUUUGGCGAGGAAAGUUAACGAGGAAAUAUAAUCCUCGUAAAUGUACGAGGAACUUACGAGGAAUUUACAACGAAAGAAAUAAACCUCGUUAUUUUCUCGUAAACUAACGAAGAUAACAUUUCGUCGUAAAGCCCACGUAACUUUACGUGGUCUUUACGAGGAAAUACAUUUUCCUCGUAAAAACCACGUAAAGCUUGCAUUAUCUUUACGAGGAAAACUGGAAAUAUAAUUUCCUCGUUAAAUCAACGUAAAUUUACGUCACCUUUACGAGGAAAUGAUAUACGUGAACUUAACGAAGAAUUUUAAAGCACGUUUUUUUUUGCUACCUACCUUUUCCUCGCAAAUUCAUCGCAAAACUUCAACUACCAGAUUCGAAAAUUUUCUAUAAAUAUGGAAGUUUCAACAUCAUUUUAAACACACCAACAAGAAAAAAAAAGAAAAACGUGAAAGGAAAAAAAUGUCAGGCUCUGGGAAUGUCUACGAGUUGCGGAGGUGGAUGUAUAUGCAUAGAGAUGCUAACGGGAGAGUGACGAAAGAAUACAUUGCGGGACUGGAGACAUUUAUGCAUCAAGCAGAUUCCACACCGCUCGCCCUAGAAAGCGGUUCGCCAGCGCAUGCUUACUGCUCACUACAGGGAGAUAUUCGGUGAGCCUGGUAGUCAGUUAGACCCGCCAGGUUCUUCUUCAGGUGCCGGCGGUUCAGGUUCUUCGGAUCAGGAGUCUGUUCCCGAGACUCAGCAUUUCUUCCCUCCGAUUCCUCCUCCGAUGGCUCAGCCUCAGCCGAUGGCUCAGCCGAUGGCUCAGCCGAUGGCUCAGCCGAUGGCUCAGCCGAUGGCUCCUCCGGUGCCUCCUCCGAUGGCUCCUCCUGAGAUCCCCGCCGCUGUUCAUCCCGAUCUCAUGGUGCCACCUACUGUUCCCUUCUCGCAGUACACUGUCGAGGAUAUUCUUGGUAUGCCAGGCAGAGCUGGUUUACCAAUCAUAGACCCCGACAGACCCGACGGGACUUUAUGGUUUGGGGUUGACAAUUCCCUUGCGACAGAUGUAACCGAGACGAUUAAAGGUUACUUCUCCAUGGCGCAUCCAAACUGGAAAUUGACGCCGAUCUACAUCCGAAAGACGUGGUUCAAGAUUUACGCUCAAAAGUAUCAUUGGUCCAUCGGGGUCAGUGAGAGAGUGAGGAAGGCGUUUUACGAAAAGGCGCAAGUUCGCUUGUCGGACACGGUUUGCAACUGGAAGGGUGCCUGGAUCGUCAAGGGGUACACCCGUGGCAAACCCGCUGAGCUUACCACGGAUGUUUGGGACGGCCUCAUCCGUUACUGGAAGGAUCCUAACUCCAUUAGGAUCGCAAACAUUUGUGCUGCCGCCCGUAACACGGUAGACGAGCACGGUAACGGCCCGAUGCUACACUCUACGGGCCAAAAACCACAUGCCGGUGUCCGUUUGAAAAUGGCCAAAGAGUUGGGACGUCUCCCGACUCUUCCGGAACUUUACGAGCGGACCCACAAAAACAAGGCGGGCCAGUUUUUAGAUGGCAAGUCCGAGCAAAUCUACAACAACGUAAUUGCUCGGGUUGAGGAGCGCCAGACUCAGCUGACCCAGCAGUCCGGCGACGGAUUACCAGUUACCUUAUCCACAACUGAAGUGGAUAAGAUUUACGAGGAGGUUGUCCCUAAGAAAAAGGGACGUACGUUGGGGAUCGGUUCCGUCAAUGAUGUCCCGAGAGCGACAUCAUCUUAUGCUCAGAGACAGACCGAAGAAGUCACUCAGUUGCGUUCCGAGCUGGGCGCGACCAAAAGCCGUGUGAGUGGACUCGAAGCCUUCAUCGACGUUAUAGCGUCCACAAAUCCGGAAUGGGAAGCUUUGUUGAGGAACAUGAAACAACAAAAUCCCAUUCCAGGCGAGUCAUCGGGCACACAUAACGAGGAGGAUGUUACGAGGAGGAGCGAGGAAUUCUACGAGGCGAUGAACGAGCCUUAGUUUUUUUAGUUUUUUUUCGGUUUAUGUAUUAUAAAAUCCAAAACUUAAUUAUAUAUAAAAUAUUUUGUUGCUUGUGAA